GUCCUUGACCUAGCGACCUAUUAUCGGCGACACUUGAUGAAUAUUUGCUUUAAGAAUUUCCUCUCUGUGGCGGAUUUUGAAUGAGACGAGAGCUUAAAUCUCUAAAACAACAAAAUCUUGAUCAUGCAAGAAUAUGAUAGUUUUUAUGAGACUUUAUCAAGGAGCAAAUUUUCCAAACUAGAAUACAAUUUUAAAUCAUUCCAAUUUGAAGAUCUAUUUUCAAAGGACAAAAGAUCUCUUCCUGAUUUAGCGUGCUCAGCUGAAAAGAUCAAAAACGAAACUGAUAAUAUUAAACAUGGAUAUAAACAGAAUAAACUGGAUAAAUCCGAAGAAGAAUAUAACCCGGCUCUUUGUAAACGACAGCCAAUUCUCGAAACUCCCUCGUUUGUUCAAUCUUUAAACCCAAAACCAACUGACGGAGAUGUUGUAAUUAUACCGUAUUUAAACUUGUCGGGAAAUAGUCAGAGAUUAUCUUCGCCAGAAACAAAAACCACAGCAAUAUGUAAAUUAAUUGAAAGCUUUAAUGAUAUUGUGAACGCAUAUGAAGAUGAAAAAAAGCUUGUUUUAGAAGAAGAAGCUAGGCAACAAAAGUUGGCUGAUGAUCGAAAGAGACAAGAAGAGGAGCAAUUGAGAUUAAAAGCCCAAAAAGAAGAAGCUAUCAAGAGGAAGCAAGAAGAAGAGUUGCUUAGGCGAAGAAAUGAAGAAUUGACUGCAAAAAAGAAGGAAGAAGAACGAUUAAAUAAUCAAAACAAAAUUGAAAAUACCACAACAGCGAAUAUAGCCACAAUGACUGCUGGACGAGCAGAUGUUUAUAAAAAAUACAUGGAUAUGCUGGAGAAGAUAAGAAAUGAACUCCAGGAUUUCAUGAAAGAAGAACAUAUUGAAUCCAUGUAUUUAUUACAGAAAAUGCUACGUACAAAUGUUAGAAAAAUCGCCAGAUUGUCAAUCAAUACAAUACCUAAAGAUGACCUUCAUAAAUCAAGAGAUACUCUCCUCAAGUUGGAUUCUCUUUUCUCUGGCAAAGAUACAACUGUAGGUGACAUACCAAUAACAAAUACCAGCAGACAUCCAAAGGGAAGAUUGUAUGCAUAUUUUGAGACUGCAAAAGCAUUUAUUGAGCAGGGUGGAUCACAGAUAUCAAGUACUCCAAGUUACGGAUUUAUUAUGGCUGCCAUUGCAAUUGGUAUUUGUAGCCAACAUCCAGACUUCAAAGAAAUACUUUUGGGCAUGAUUUAUCAAGCUUGUCCUUUUUUGUUACCAUUUUGCCCAAGUCCAAGCUCUGCCAGGGACGAAACGGAUUAUCUAAAAUCUCUCGGUUAUAAAGUCACUGAUGGAAAAGUUGAGGAUCAAAAAUACUAUUUGAAAAGAAUAACAGGCAUCAUCAGAUUUUAUGCUUGUUUAGCUGUAUCACCUGUACCAAAUCCCAGCCUCAAUCAUCCUUUCUCAUUAGAAAAUUUAUGGAUUCUAUUGGCAACAAUGUCUAUGAUGUCUCCUAUUCGUGAUAUUUCCGCUGGCAUCGUUCAUGAAGUCUUAGUGGAUAUUGGAGAAGAAGGUGCGUCAUUCACAAGAUUAAAGGUCUUUUUAGAGAUUGCUUUGACCAAAAUGGAAUUCAAUGACCCUGUUGGCAUUUUAUCUAGCUGGAACUGA